GAGACUCAUCAGACCAGGCAACAUUUUUCCAGUCUUCAACUGUCCAAUUUUGUGUUCCUAAAGGUUGUUAAAAAAAUCAACGGUGGUCUGCACAUGGUCAUAAUCUUUUUUAUUUUUUUCGCAAUUGGCUUUGCAGUGCUCAGUUUAGCCUUCUGUAUAUAUAAUGCCAGAAAAGUUCCUUAUCAAUCGAUCAGAGGACCAUUUGGCCUCUACAUCUGGAAUUUUAUUGCAGCUCUGUUCAGUGCAAUGGGCUUUGCAUGUUUCCUCGCAGCAGUUCAGUGCCAUGAUCUCACAGAACACGUGGCUAACUACAAAGAAAGUCUUUUUCGACUUGUGAUCCUCGAGGAAAGUCUCGGCUUUUCUUUCUGGUUGUGCGUUGCCAGUGCUGUUACACAUGGAGCAAAUAUUCUUGUAGUAGCCUGCAGUAGACUUCAUCUACCUAAAAUCAAGACAAAGAAACCAGAAGAACCCACAGCGACAGGAGAUGAUUUCCUUUACUAAGGAACAGAGACAAACUGAAAGUUCUGACUGUUGUGGUCUUCGAGGAAGCUGCUUGAAAGCCAAACAGAAUGUUGGUGCAUUGACAUCAACUGAAUAUGAGAUGAUUUUUAUGGGUUUGACUCGUGGUUGAUUCUUAAAGACCAUUAUGUGGCAAAUAGGUAGCAAUCCACUUGUUUAGGACAAGUUGUCACAGAUUUCCAGGGCUUCCAGAACAUAAUGUGACAUUGUACAUAUUUUUCUCAAAAAAAAUCAUGUAAAGUUAAAUAAUA